AUGGGAGCUCGCGAGUUCAUUGGCCAUGACAGUCGGAACCUCAGUCGAGAUGUCCUUCAAGAAGAAGGGAAUGGCGAAGGAGAGCGAUCCAACACAUCUCGCAGGCUCGUGACGAAGGCUAAGCUCAUCAUCACCCCGCUGGAUUCCCACCGACGCGAGGCUUUUGCGUCGUAUCCAUCCGGGACAAGCCCUCUCCCAACGGAAAGUAUUGACGAAUACAUUUCCAUACUUCGGAAGGAAGAGCUGUGUCUGAAAAUCACUCCCGAUGUCGACCAUCCAGUGAUAUCAGUCCUUUUUCCGUUGUCGAUGCAAGACCCAGGUCUCUUCAAAUGUCUGCUUUUCGGAGCCCAGAGUCUCCAUGACUGGCGCCGUGAUCCCUUUCAUGUCAAUCGCUCCCGGGACAUGCUCAAAUUGCAGAACGAAGCCAUCCUUUCUCUGCGAGAACGCCUUUCGGCACCGUCCGCGCACCUUGACGAUGGUGUCUUGAUAUCAAUUACUCAUUUGAUGAUUGCCGAUUCCAGUCGUAGGGAUCUGGCGUCACUGAAAUCUCAUCUCAAAGGGGCCAGGCAAAUUAUCUCGCUACGUGGUGGCCUUGGAGAUACGCCUGCUCACCUCGCGAUUCGGGCCCUCUUGACGACGAUGGAGUUUUACAUUGCCCUCGGCCAAUACCUUCAGAUCAGUCCUGAUGACCCAACCGCCAUUCCCAAAAGCCACAUCGAAUACAUCCGACAUCCGUUCCCUCCCGACAUAUGCCGCGAAGUCGCUGCGCUUCCCGUGGGUCUUGCUGAAGCUGCUCUCUCCGGCCAUCUGAGUGUUCAAUGCAUCAAGCUCCUUGCUUCAGUUGCAUCAUGGGCACCCUUAGUUGACGGCCUCACUACUUCUUCCUCGUCGUCAUCGUCAGCUGCCUCUCCUUCUGACCAAUCACAAGAUCUGAAAACCAGGUAUUGCAGGCUCUUCUGCGAACCAAGAGAAUGUUCUCGAAGCGCCAUCAUUAUAUUACUUGAUCUAAAAAGAUCUAGAUUACCCGUUGGCUUGGAACAUGUCAUUUGCUUAGGCUUGGCCAUCGCCGUUCGCCAUCUGAGUGGAGAGAAUCGCACCAACAUCUUCGACACUGCCUCACUCGCCGCAUUGACCAAGAGUGUCAAAGCUAUCGAGAGCCCCUCGGUGUCAGACUCCGAAGUCAUCAUCUGGCUUUCCCUGCUCAUCAGUUGGCGUACACAAUCUGCGAAGCCUGUACCAAAGGCAGACGCUCUCUUGGAUUACGUGUUGGACUCAUUUCCCGUCUCGCGUUCCUGGAAGAAAGUGUCGGCAAUCUGUCGCAAAUUUUGGUGGUUCGACUGCUUUCAUGCGGAAUGGGAAAAGUGUUGGUCUCGCGGCAUGGCAAGACAGCAGCAGCGGUUAUCAAUGGAACAAUCUUCUACCACGAGCUCCAGACGACGAUCCUCGGUGGGCCAAUCAGAUGGCAUCGCUGCUCUUCAAAGUUAUACUCUGCAUAUCGAGUCUGGGUGA